ACUGGUGGCACGGCACAGCCGCACACACAAACACACUAUUGCAAAAGCAUGGACAAUAUAUGGGCGUGCCCUUUCCAGCUGUUAGGGAUCGGAGCAGCUAGCGCUACCGUUCGUCGUAUAUAAAGGGGCCACUGGUGGUACGUACGUUCCAGCUCCUCACAGAACUAACAGUUCUGAGAUCGAGCUGCACAAGGAAGGAAAGAAGGAGACACACAAUCGUCGCCUGCUUAACCAGAGCGACAAUGCCCAAGCUCAGGCUCAUCUUCACCGUUAUUCUUGUGGUGUCUCUACUGUUCAGUGGUGUGUCUUCAGGACAAACUGCAGCUACACAAGCCAGCGAUGCAGAUCUUUCUGAAGCGGUUGAGGUUGAGAGACGCAGUGGGAAGGUUCUGACGUACGUUCAGGACUACGACUACGGCGGGUCCAACCCCAAACAUGACCCACGCAGGAAGCCAGGGAGCGGACACCCUCCAUAGGUAGCCAAGGAUAAACGUCCGGUGACGCUCCAGCCACUGGACUCUGCUGGUACCUAGCUAGUCUUGCUGAGUUGUUCCUGUAAUGAGUAGAAAGAAUCAGAACGGUUUGGUCCCGUCCACGCCCACGUCACUUUGUUAGCUACGUAGUAGUAUAAUAAGGUAGUCUUUUAGAUGAUGAUGAAAUAAAGAUCCAGAAUGUUCUGUCAGUCGAGACACCAGACUUUAAGUCCUAUUUCUUUACCCUCUAGUUUAUAUAGUCUAGCUUAAAUAAGCUGAAAGAUAAACAAACAACACUGAUUAUCA